UCGGUACGUUCUUUGUAGAUUUUGGAAGCAUGAGCUCACAAAGCCCGCAUCUGAAUCUUUAGUUCACCUCAUGAUACUGUCAAGAUGGCGCUGGAAUCUGGAUAGCUUUGUUACAUACUGUAUUCUAGAAUAAACUGUACCAUUCGAAAUGUUUUUGAGUAAUAAUGAGUUGGUCAUCUGAAUUGCUCAUCGCCCUGCGAAUCUGCGAGCACAGUUGAUUACCUCUUGAAUUCUUUCUUCUGUUCACCAUGCAGCACCUUGGGAAAGCUGCUCUGCGGGUCACCAAGAACUACACCAAGGGUUAUUCAGACACUCAGGCUAAAGUACGAGAUGCGACUUCCAACGAUCCAUGGGGCCCAUCUGGAACGCAAAUGAACGAGAUUGCACAGUUGACGUAUAAUCAGGGGGACUUCGUGGAAAUUAUGGAGAUGUUAGACAAGAGGUUGAACGACAAAGGCAAAAACUGGAGGCAUGUUUUCAAGAGUUUGACUGUUCUAGACUAUUGUCUUCAUCAGGGCUCAGAGAAUGUUGUCAUUUAUUUCCGGGAUAACAUAUAUGUCAUCAAGACUCUGAAGGAGUUUCAAUACGUCGACGAAGAUGGCAAAGACCAGGGAGCUAAUGUCCGUCAAAAGGCCAAAGAUAUAACGAAUCUCCUUCAGGACGAGUCUCGACUUCGCCAGGAGCGUCGCGCUCGUGCCUCAAUGCGAGACCGAAUGAUUCGUGGCGCCACCGGAGACGGUGAUAAUGAAGAUCCAGACGACGAAAACGAUCGGCGACGGACCCAGGAGCCCCGUGCAUCGAGGCGGAAUAAGGACGAGGAUGAUUUGCGGAAAGCGAUUGAGGAGAGCAAAAAGUCACUGGCGCAGGAUCGUAUGACUGCGGAGGACAGGGAUUUACAACAGGCGAUCAAACUUAGCGAGGAGGAAGAGGCAAAGCGAAAUAAAGCUGUUGAGGAUUCUAAUGCGUCUGCACUCUUCGACGACAGUAGUCAACUUAUCUCAGGCAACAACACUCAAAUCAACAAUAAUCCAUUUCCGACAACUAUGACCGACCCUAUGGCAUAUACUGUCGGUCUCCAACCACAGUUUACUCAGAUACAACCACAGUUCACUUCGUUCAAUCCUUACCAACAACAAAUGCAGCAGAUGCAGCAGGAGGCGGCUCAAGCUGAGUUCUUCCGUCAGCAACAGGAGCUCCUCCAACAGCAGCAAGCUGCACAACAAGCUCAGCUUCAGCAGGAAGAGUUUAUGCGACAACAAAUGCUCUUCCAGCAGCAGCAACAACAGCAGGGCCUGUUCGCACAGCAGCAACCUCUAAUGGCGCAGCCUACAGGAUUUGGGUCUAAUAAUCCUUUCGCUCCCCGUCCAGUUUCGUCUCCGAUUUCACAGUCUAACACCCAAAACCCCCCGCAGUUCAACCUGCAAGGAACGUAUGAUAACCAUAAUGCAGAUAACCAGCAGAACCUCAGUCACCCCUCCAGUGCAUUUUCACAUUCACCGUCACCUGGACCUUCGCAACCGCAAGGUGGACGACAAUUUGCGGUCAAACCAAAGACGAACGAAAACCAGGAGCUUGCCAAUCUGUUCGCAGAUCGGGAGGGUGGUCAGGAUACGUUUGGAAAUGUCGGACAAUUGAGAUAUGGCCAUUCCAACGCAAAUCGCUUGAUCGCUCAGCAGACAGCUAACAGUGGACACAAUCCCUUUGCAAUGCAGCAGCAGCAGCAGAGUAACGAACAGCCUUUUUUCAGUAUAUAAUUCACCUUUGUAUCGACCGCCAUGGAUUGUCGUUCGCGCUACCUCGAAUACUUAAUUCUCCCCUGUACCACUUCCUUAGCUACUCUCUUCGUACUAUCUGCUUUUGAAAUGUUUUAUCUUCCGGAUACAAUGA